AUGGCCUCUCUCAACCUCGCUCCCGAGGAGCUUAAACAAUUAGAGCUUCUGCGUAACCGCUUCGCACAGCUCCAAAGCAGCUUGACCAGCCUCGCCGGCAAUCUUAUCCGCACCGAACCUCUUCCCACAUAUGAGUCCCUCCAAGCUUCAGCCUCCAUCCUCCAACAAAACUUGCGCUCCAUUCAGGAGCUCAUGACCGAGAAUUCCGACAUCUUCAAGCGCAUCGCGAUCCACCCGUCCACCAACUUCCCCGGCCGUACCCAGGAACAUAUGCUUUUACAACUCUUGCGCAAGAAACUCGAGCCCGAAGUCGAGAGCUGGGUAGAGGAGGCGAGGGAAACGGCACGCGCAGCGGGGAUCGAUGUGAGUAAACUCAGCGGUCCAGGGGGCGGCGCACCUACGCGUGGAAUGAAUGGCUACGGUGAUGAUGACGAGUAUGGCCUGGACGACGAAGAUGAGGGCGUCCCCUCCGACCCAUUCAAUGAGCAAUGGGCCGAUAUGCUAGAGACCUUCCAGCAUAGUCUGCACCACUAUGUCACGGUGCAGCUCAAGAAACAAUACACAGUUGAAGAACAAGAAAUGGGCAUCGAAAACGUUAGGACAGGGUUGAAGAGGGAGUUGGGGGAUGAGGAUGAGGAUGAGGAUGAGGAUGAGGAAGAGGAGGAAGAAGGGGUUGCUGGUGUCGCGGGGGGUGCUGCAAGCCAGGGCGCUGGAGCGGGUACUGCAGGUGCCGCGGCGAAGAAGCCGGUUAUCCAGCCGGAGUAUUUGUUUUGGCUUGCAGCCAGGGGAGAUACGAGGGUGUCGAGGAAUAUUGAAUUCGAGGCUAUGAGAAAGGUCGCACAGACUGCGAAGCGGCCGGCGCCGCCGCGCUGA